UUAGAAUUUUCAAUGGCCCACUAAACGUUGGUUUCCGUGUCUCAGUCCGGAAAUCCAUCCCUUUCUUCUUCUCCUCUUUCUUCUUCGGUUUGAGCUCGGCUCCUCCCCAACCUAAACCAUACGCAGAUCUUGCCAUGUAAUCCCAAGGUGCUUCCCACCUGGGCUUUCCUCCUGGCUUCCGAACUUUCAACAAAAUGGCGAAAAACUCCAAAGAAGAGCCCAAGACCGCUCCUCAGUCCGAUCGCUGGUACAAUCUAACCCUAGGCUCCUCCUUCAAAACUGAUUCCUCCAACAAAUACUGCACCUUCCGAUAUGAAUUCAAACCGGCUUCGAUCGAUAAGAAGAAGCCAGGAUCGCUGCACAAGACCAAGGAAAAUAGGGUUUCUGUGGAAUUCCAGAACAAUCAAUUGGGAAAACCCAAAGUCACUUUCGAGGGAAGCAGUGAGGAGUACAAGGAACACGACGCCGUUCUGUUCUUCGAUGGCCAGACUUUCCGAUUGGAACGGCUUCAUCGGGCCGUUAAUAAGCUCCGGCACCUUAGGCAGCCCGGUGAAUCCGCGGCUGCUGGCUCUUCCAGCGUGUCCGCGCAGUCGGUUCCUGAACCGAGGUUAUCUCCGGUUGGGAAGGCUUCAAAGCCAGCAAAUUUUAGUAGAAGCACAUCUCACUCUGUACCGGUUGAGGUGGAACGAAUUGAUAUUGGCAAGCCAGAGAAUCCAGGUGCAAAACAUGCGGGUAAACGGAUUGCUGAUUAUCCAUCUGAUCCCCCAAACGUCUCCAUGGCUUCACCAGCCCCUAAGAAUGAUGAAGUUGAGGAACAUCAAGAUAUAGAUAUUGAUGAUCUUUUUGGUAGUGGAACCCCUGAAGAUGAACCUGUUACUGAAGAAAAAGACAACGUUGCAGUUGAUAUCAAUGUACCACAUCACAAUGAGUCUGACGAGGAGAUUGCUGAUGUAGAUGAUAGUGAUGAUGAGGUGGACAAGGGGCCCAAUGCUGCAGAAGCACUUAGAGCCCAGGUGAAUGCCGAAGAGAGGGAGAAGCAUGCUUCUAGUUAUAGUAGUAGCGGGAGUGGAAGCAGAAGUAGCGGGAGUGGAAGUGGCAGCAGCAGCAGUAGCAGCAGUGACAGUGAACGCAGUGAUGAAGAUGAGGUUACCUCUAUAUAACAUUGGCAAACUACCUUAAACCUGAGGAUAAAGCAGUUGAAGACAGAAAAUACAGAAUCUAUAUGAAACCAAAAGAAGCAUGGCUUGCUUGCAAACUAAAAACAAGCCAUCCUGGUUUUGAGGGAGGCAUUUUGUUUACCUUCCUUUUGUCGUACCGAUGGGGUUUACAUUGGCAUGGAUCGUCUUACAUGCUGUAGUGUUUAUGAGAGAUUUUAUUAAGUUACCCUAUCUGUUACCAUGCCACUUUUGGAAAAUGUAAUAAUGGGUAUAUUCUCAUGAACAACAUGAAACUCUUUUAGAUCA